GCCGGGCCGGGCCGGGCCGGGCCGGACGCGGCGGGUGGGGCGAUAGGAGUCGGUGUGAGCUCGCUUUCCGCCUUAGUACGGCUGGGCGAGUGUGGUUGGGAGCGUGCUGGGGGUGGCUGUGGUACUGCCGUCGCUGUUCGGCUGCGUAACUCUUCCCGGCGCGGGGUGCGGCCCUUCCCUUCCCCUCAGGCCCAGCGGCGGCGAUGGGUUCUCGGGCGUCUACGCUGCUGCGGGACGAGGAGAUCGAGGAGAUCAAGAAGGAGACAGGCUUCUCCCACAGUCAAAUCACCCGCUUGUACAGUCGCUUUACCAGCCUAGACAAAGGAGAAAAUGGCACUCUUAGCCGUGAAGACUUCCAGCGGAUUCCAGAGCUUGCCAUCAAUCCACUGGGAGACAGAAUUAUCAAUGCCUUCUUUCCAGAAGGAGAGGACCAGGUGAAUUUCCGUGGAUUCAUGAGGACACUAGCCCACUUCCGACCCAUAGAAGAUAAUGAAAAGAGCAAAGACCAGAAUGGACCUGAACCACUGAACAGCCGAAGUAACAAGCUCCACUUUGCUUUUCGGUUAUACGAUCUAGAUAAAGAUGACAAGAUUUCCAGGGAUGAGCUUCUUCAGGUAUUACGGAUGAUGGUUGGUGUAAACAUUUCAGAUGAGCAGCUUGGCAGCAUUGCUGACAGGACAAUCCAGGAAGCUGAUCAAGAUGGGGAUAGCGCCAUCUCCUUUGCAGAGUUUGUAAAGGUUUUGGAGAAGGUGGAUGUAGAGCAGAAAAUGAGCAUUCGAUUUCUUCACUGAUGGAUGGAGAACCUAUUGCUUUCUACCCCACUAUAUAAUGAAUAAACUUCAUUUUCUCCUUAGCACCUUCCCACAGAGCAUUGCUACUGGUGCAUAUACAGUACAUCUCCACCCCCUCCCUGAUUUGUUUUACCAAUGUGAACAUUCCCUGUGCAUCAGGAACAAAGGGAAAUGGCUGCCAUGCAACUUGGAAAGGAGCAUUAUUUUUUUUUUUUAUAUAUUUCCCUUCCAUUUUUUUUUACCCUUUCUCCCUUGUCUCCUUCUGCACUGCUGUUUCAGCAGAAAUGUCUCUCCGUAUGUACUGCUGUUUAAUCUACAAGCUGAUUCUUCUGAGCUUUGAAUCUGAGAAUGGAAAAAAGAACAUGCCACAGAAGCACCCUCUGAAACACUUCGGAGAUAAGCGUCUACUCAAAUACUAAGUGCCAUGAUAAUGAUUCACUUUUGCUUGCAGUAGCAACACUACAUUACACCUGUCUUUUUUUUUUUCUUUCCUAUUUGGCUCUUUACAUGCAGAUUUGUUUAUUCCCUGCUUCCAAAUCUGCCAUUUACUUGAGGACUUCUCAAUUUCUAUGUCUUCAUUGUACAACUAGCACUGAAUGCAUGAUGAUAGGCUAGAGUGCUUUAAAGUACUGUGAAUAGUUUUUAUUCUUUGUGGGAUGAAUUCAUAGGGACAAUAGGGGAGUCUGUGGUGGAUACAAGCUCUGGUGUCCUCAAAAGGAAUAGGAAUUCUGCACUAAGUCACUUAAAUUGUUCCAGUAGCAGAUGCAGAAACUUGUUUCCUUUGAGUAGCUUGCAGGCUUGACUGCCAGUGGACCAUGAAGUGCCCUCUUCAGGUUGCUUUGCCCUAGGAUCCCUCCUCUCAUCAGGGUGGUUUUGCCUCUGAAAGUGUACAUAAUGCAGUACCAGCGUACAUAAUGCAAGAGAACUAGUCAUGCCAAAAUCUGUACUUGUAGUUCUGUCACUGACCCCUGGUAAUAGUGUCAUGAAACAUAGUACUGACUUCUUUUUUCUUUUAAGUCAUAGUGGCCCAGAUAAUCAGUAAUUACUUAUAUUUUCCAAUAUGGAAGUCCUGGUCUUUUAGAUUUGUGUCAAGGGUGGUAGCUGUAUAUAUGAAAGCUCUGGCAUAAGAAUAUAAUUUGGGGAAGUACCUACUAUCCCAAAUACUUCAGAAUCUAUUUCUACACAAAUCUCUCUGCAAGUGGAAGAUGAUUAAUACCAUUAAUGUAAUGCUGAUGAUAGAUUCAAGAGAUCAAAAUUAUUGAAGGUUCGAUAGUAACAUAAUUUUCUGUGGCUAGAUUGGCAAAUGGUCUCAUCUAGUUCAGCUGGAGCAUCCUACAGUCUGGGAGGUACUGAUAAAACCAAAAAAAUGUGGGAGCUACUUUAUUGAAGAAUCAGUGUUAUAACUGCUUCUCUAUGUCAUGUGUUAAUGUUUCUAUAAAUACUUAGCAGUCUCAAACUACCCUCAAAUGUGCAUUUCCUUUUUUCUCAGUUCCUUUAAUUAUCACUUGUGUUAAAGAAUAACAUGCAAGUCUCUGAAGGAUUUUUGAUUUGUUUUAAAUGAAGGAAUUGCGAAGUCAAAUGUUGCACUUUGUUUUGCAGAGUGCAGCACAAUUCCAGAAAGAAAUGUAAAUUAAAAACCUCUACUCUGUAUGAGAAAGAAAUAUUAUAGUUUUAUGUCCAUGUAAUGUAAAAUAGGAAUGUAACAAUGUUAACAGAUUGAAAAGUAAAAAAGUGUUUGUAGGCUUUGUGGUCUGCUUAAAAGUAGGUGUUGCUCUUUUCUGGCUAUAUAGUUGUAACCUACAGUUGUGCCUUAUUGUCCCAGUGAGACUGGAUAUUGUAUUUAUCAAUCCAUAAAUAAACCUUCCACUGUAUUAAAAAACAAACAAAAAAACCAAAAACAAAACCACAAACAAAACCCCAAAACUAUUCCUGUAUGGUCACUGACUAUCUGUUAAUGACUGGAAAAGUUAAAUACCAGUAGAAUGGUGCUAGCAGGCCUUACAGAUCAACUUCUUUUAUAACUGAGCUUGUUUUCAGAAUAUUAAUAAUCCUUCAUUCUGCUGGUACAGUGGAGGAAACUAGUGCAAAAUUUGAGCUUCAGAAGAGGCCAUGCACUCGUAAUACUGCACUAUGGUUCCCAUAACAACAUGAGCUUUACACCUCUCCAUAGUUCCAAACUAGGCUUUUUUUUUCCCUUUCCCAUAGUGUUGUUCUAAUUAAAUGGUAUAUAAUACCAAUGCUAGUUUGUGAAGCAGGUCCUCUUAAGGUCCCACCUUAGAAAUCAAGUAUUUUUGCUAAUGUGCUUUAAGGCAAACACACAUACUCUAAUAGAUGCACACCAAAAAAAACCCAAAACACCAAAACAAAACCCGAUCCCACUAUCAGAAUGUAACUUUGCUGUUAGCUGUAUAAAUCGCUUGGAAGCCACUGAGUAUCUUAUUCAGUGUUCUGAAAUCUACGUAUUUACAUAUGUAUCUACGUAUGUAACUUAAAAAGUGGUCGUAAGAGAAAGAAUUUUACUGAGCUGAGAUCUUAAAUUUAUGUUGAAUUUAAAACUGUUCAGAGCUAGGCUGUACAGAUAUAAGCAGAUCCCCACAAAGGUAGUAUUUUUAGCAUACAUGAUUGCUUGUUGAAAUUAAAUCUUAAGUUGUCUUGAGAACAAAGGUCAUCUGUGAAGGUUGAAGUCUGGAAGAGUGAUAAAAUUAUCAGCUCAAAGGCAGAACUAGUUAAUAUUUAAUCUUUGUCUUUUGAAAAAGCAGUACAUGGGAUGGGUAUUUAAAUACAAAUGAACCAUUUUCCAGUCUACUGGCAAAUAGGAAGUAAAGUCUAUUUUCAGAUCCGCACACUCGAGUUAGCUAUAUUGAAAAUCUCUGGAUGGUUGCCUGCAGAAAUCUAUGGUUACAAUUACAUUAACUGUUGAGAGUAUUAUGAAGACUACAGAAAGCCUAAGUAGGUUUGAUAGCUAAUCAACCUUGAAAGGGGACAAAUGAGUUGCCAAAUAGCUGUAGGCCCAAGUAGGGUCUUGAUGCUGUAGGCAUCAAGUCUGGGAAAAAGAUUCGAAGUACUGGAUUUGACUUGUGAAGAGCAGGAGUAAAAAUAAACGUUGGUGUCCGUAACGUCAGGGUGGAAAGUUACUUGAAAGGUCUGCUUCCAGUUCUUUGAAACUACAACUUUGGUCGUAAAUAGUGCAUGGAUAUAAUAUUUAAGUUGGCAGAAGUGUUUCAUUUAAGCUGACAAUCUGCAUGAAGACACUAGGUAGUAGAAAAGCGUGCAUUAAACGGAUCAAGAAUUCAGCUGAAAUGGCUUGCAGUAGUUGUCUGUGAUGAAUCACGGCUAAAUGGGGGUGUUUCUCGAGAGUUUUCUGAAUGGGUAAGUACUCCUCUUCACGCUGUUCAAUACACUCACCCGUCAGCCUCAAGUGUAAUUUUACUGCUGCUAAAAAAAACACCAAUUUUUGCAGCUGACACAAAACCCGGCAGAAUGAAUAAAGGCAGUCAUUCAGAGCAAUCAAGAUCCCUUGAUAACCGCGGCGGUGCUGGCUCACCCGGGUUCCACGCAGGCAGGGGGUGAAAUGGAGGACGGGGGGCGGCGGCGGCAGCCCCAGCGGUCAGCAGCGGUCACUAACGGUCGCUAACGCUCGCGCCCCGCGGCUCCCCUGAGGAACCCCCGGCCGGGCGGGCCGUGCCUGUGAGGCAGGAGCCGGGUGCGAGUGGAGGGGAUGACCCGGAGCCCCCGGGACGGCCGCAGGGACCCGAACCCGCUCCCCCCGCCUCGGGCGCCGGCCUGCGCGGCCGAGUCGGGUCGGGCUGCGGCCGGCGGGGCUGUCGGAACGGGGUCCCCUGCCGCCCCUCCGCCUGCUGGGACGGGUGGGUGACCUAGGGCUGGGCCAGGCCGGGGUACCUCACCUCACCCCGCCGCCCGCCCCCCGGUGGUGGGGUCAGGUGUUGCCGCCUCCCCCCAGCCCCCGGUCGCGAGCGGCUCCUUUAAAUUCUUGUGGAGGUCACCGGAGGAUUCGCCGCAGGCCAGCCCUGCUCGCGCGGCUUGAGCCAAUCCCUUUCCAGGCGUGAGCUCUCCUCGGGGCCAAUCAGAAAGGAGAGCCUUGGAGGCGGGAGGCCAGCCCCCGCGAUGGACGGCGCGGGUGACCAAUCACCGCCAAAACUGGACGGCUGAUGCAUACGAGCGACACCCAAUAGGCUUGCGGCCGAGUGGGCGGGCCCGGCGUCGCCGGGCGCCGCGAGCCCCCCGCCGGGUGGCCGAGGUAAGGAGGGGAAGAUGGCGGAGUGAGAGGAAGAGGCGGAGAGGCCGGGACCGGCCGCGGCCCCGCGGCCUCGGCCGCGUUCAGAUAAUCAUGUAUGAUCUGAAUAGCUUCCUAGAAGGAAAUUUAAUUUCAUUUGUUUGUCUCUCUCGCUAGGCUCACUGAAGGGAAUGAGGAUUGAUCAAAAAUAAUGGUCUCCAGAUCUGUUUUUCCCCAUCUUCGUAAUAAGACUUUCUCAACAGUGUGAGCAUGGAUGGUCAAGCUCAUGAUCAGCUGAAAUGUUUGAGUGCCUCAGAGAGAAAGUGAUGGUGACCUGUGCUCUAUUUCCAUUUUCAUGAUCUGCUCACUACUGCUAACAUAGGAGUUGAAAAUUGUCACUGGAAGAUUAUUGCUGAACUUGAUCAACUAGAGGCUUAAGAUCCUCUCCUGACCUUCAAGAAGAACGUGGUCCUGUUGCUUGCUCAUAGGCUGCGAGAUGUGUAUGUUUCUCUUUUAGCAAGCAAAACCUGCCCUUCACUUCCAUGGAGCUGAAUGAACAAAGACCUCUCCACUUCCUAUUUCAACCAUCUCACCCAACAUUUGAUUCACCAGAUGACUUCUCCCACAGAAGUACCCCGCUGUUUUAUCAAAACUCAAAAGCAGAGUAACAGAAAUCAGCAUUUGUUUCCUGAAGAAAUGUCUUCUGUACCAGCUCUUCAUCCAGCUUUUUGCAUUCUGUUUUAAAAUGAGAAGUACUUUGUAAUCAGAUGCAAUUGGAAUCUGGUGUUCUUCACCAAUAUCUCCUUCUUCAUUUUAGGAAGGUUAAGUAUUUCACUGUGUCACAUUGCAAUUCCUAGCAGAUAAAGUGUCUGCAUGCAUUGCUAUGUCAAACUCUCUUGACGUGUAUGAAAAGUUGCAGCAGGAAAACCAGAACAUAUUCUUUGCUCUGACAUGAGGAGGAAACUUAGCAAACAACUGGGGACAUCCCAUACAGGUAUUUUCUAGUCCAGGACCCAGGCUUGACUUUGUAGAUAGAUGUCUUGAUGUCAACUCACAUAAAGCAGCUAACGCACAGGAACAAAUGCAGAUCACUUUGUCUGUAGCGUGUAAAUGCAUCGUCCCAGUCUGUGAUCAAAAUGUAUAUUUGCAUGUGUGAACCUAUGUAAGUGCUGGAUAUGAAGAGCUUUCACCAGAAGGAGAAAUUUCUCUGCACCAUUUCAUUUUUAGCAAAGAAAAAUGAAGCUUUAAAGGCCUCUGGGGUAACACGAUAAUGAUUAGGUUUACAUUAAAUCAUUCUCUCCCUCUGGCUUUCUAUGAAUACUUAGCAGCAAAAGGAACAAAAGCAUUCUACUGUAGAAGAGAUGGGGCAGUACUUUAUUAAAGAAAUCAACUUCUGGUAGGAUGGAAGAGACCAGAGGUGUAAAGUUGCAGUUUAUCUACUCAGCUUCCUUGGCACAGUUUCAGCUUUUCUUACUGCUGAUGGAAUCACCUUUUUGAUUCUUCUGUGACUGAGAACUGAGAUGACCUGUAUGUUUCCAUCAUCUAGGUGGAAGUCGGCCCAAGAGAAAUGGACUGUUAGCAACGUAAGAGGGGUGAAUUGAGAGAGAGCAGAAGUACUUAGGACGGGCCUUUUUCUGGUUCCUUUUAUUACUAUCCAAACUAAGGCACAAUCUGUUGUUCUUAUGUUUACACAAGAUUCUUUGUCUCCAUAAUUUGUCAUUAUAUAGGAUGUUUUCUGUCAUUCUGAGAUGGGAGCGUGUAUUGUUUACAUGCUCCCCGCUAUGGUAUUCUAUAUGGCAAGUAAGAUUUCUUGGCAAAAAAAAAACAGAACUGGGAUGUUUAUUCUAUUCCACUUCAAAUCUGGAGCUCUUCUUAGCGCACCUUAUUCCAAGCUUGUGAUUUAGAAAAUGUGACUUACUAGCUUAAAAUAAUAUUUUCAAAUCUGGAUCAAAUAAAGGUAUAUCGGUUCUGUUAAUAGGUUUUGGGAGAUAAUAGCAUGGUUGGGGGGAGUGUUUUAGAUUUCUUGUUUUGUUCUGCUUUUCUUUUUAGAUAACUGCUGGAGACAGCCAGGCAACCUGAAAAUGGCUGAAAAAGCCAACAGUUUAAAUCCUUCUUAAAUCUUAAUGAUAGAUUGCAAGGGCAGCAUUCUGGUAUUUAAAAUGAGGUGAUGUUUUAUGGGACCAAGUUCCAUAGCGGAGUAAGGACAAGUGUUGAUGUUGAUCCUAGUCUUCGGAGUAGAGCUGAGUUAAGUCUGCGUUUUGACUUGCAUUGUAGGAAUAAGAUUUAAUGACAGCUUUACCCAUUUUUUGUUUCCAUGAAGAAAAGAUCAGACACGUAAGCUAAAGAGUGGUGGGCAAGACACUGCAUAUCAAAAUAAUGCCAACUGUAAUGAGCAGAGGGGUGCACUAAAAAUGUGUGUAACAUUGUGAUGAGCUGUGUGAUAUGAGUUACACUGAUCUUGAUGAGGCAAGCACCAGCUUAGCCUGACUUCUUUUAAGAACACAGGAUUUCUUUGCUGAGUAUGGUCUGAAUUUUCUGGCACUGGGGACAACUAGAAAAGCACACUUCCUUCUAGGGCCUCCUUACGUUGAAACCAAUAGGAUUUAAUGUAGAUGUUUGUAGAAGCAGGAUCCAUCUCUCAGUGAUGGAAAACACUGUCACUAUCAUAGGAUUAUAAGUGGUUCGGAGGUAUCUGAUCUAAGAAACAUCUGAUUUUUAGAUCUGGGAAUUUCCUGUUCUUCCUUCUGCCCGUACUUACCCUUCUGAUAUUAAAGCUAGCAGUUGUUCCUUGCAUAGCUUGAUGACAAAAUACUUGGGGGACAGGAAGAUAUUUUUGCUUUCUGUGGACAUGUACAAAAACUAAGAAUUUGUCUGAUUAGAGAGUAGACACUUUAAGCUGAUUUCUUUUUCCAUAGGAAAAA